AUGUGGUUCAAUGCGUCCACGACUAGCCAGGGGGCAGGUGUCGGAGUGCACAUCAUUUCACCCUUGGGGGCAUCAUACCAAUUGUCAUUCCAACUCCACUUUGAAUGCACCAACAACCAGGCAAAAUACGAGGCCCUGAUAUUCGGCCUGGAGAUUUUGGCCGAGCUAGGGGCAAAGGCGAUCAGCGUAAGAGGGGAUUCUUUGUUGGUCAUCAAGCAAGUAAUUGGGGAAUUCAAGUGCGAGUCCGAGCUUCUGGAGAGGUAUUGCAAUAAGGCAAAGCACCUGAUUGAAGACUUUCAAGAUAGAAGGUUAGAAUACACCGAGAGGGCUGACAAUGGUAUCGCCAAUGAUUUGGCUCAACACGGCAAAAUACGAGGCCCUGAUAUUCGGCCGGGAGAUUUUGGCCGAGCUAGGGGCAAAGGCGAUCAGCAUAAGAGGGGAUUCUUUGUUGGUCAUCAAGCAAGUAAUUGGGGAAUUCAAGUGCGAGUCCGAGCUUCUGGUGAGUGGGUAGAACGUAAACCUCCAAUUCGAUACAAUGGAAGAGAAACACCGAACCUACAUACUGGGGGCAUUACCAUCAAUAUCAAUGAAAGUUUUUCAGCCUAUCAAUUGGAUGUUACCCAAGAUUGGAGGACCGAAAUUUUGAAGUGGUUUGAAACACCAGAUCAGGCGAAUAGGAGGCUUAGGACCGUGGCCUUAAACUACGUUGACCUGGCAGGCGAACUGUACAAAAAAGGUUUUGAAGGUCUGCUCUUCAGGUGCAUCGGCCAAAAGGAAGCGAUGUCGGCAAUGGCCGAAGUACAUGAAGGAAUAGCAGACGCUAACAUGGCGGGCCCCAGAAUGAGAUGGUUGAUCCAUAAAUAUGGAUUUUACUGGCUGAAAAUGGAACAAGACUGCAUCAGGUAUGCGAAGGGAUGCGAAGCCUGUCAGAAAUAUGGACCGAUACAGCAUGUCCCUGCCGAGGAACUCCAUUCCAUCAUCAAGCUAUGGCCGUUUAGAGGAUGGGCAAGUGAUCUCAUAGGGAAAAUAUAUCCUGGUUCGUUAGAUGGCCAUACAUUUGUUAUAAUUGCCACAUGCUAUUUUACUAAAUGGGUCAAAGAAAAGCCCCUGAAAUCGCCCACGCAAGAAGCCGUGAUCAAGUUCUCUAAUGAGUACAUCGUUCAUCGGCAUGCCAACGGACAAGCCGAGGCAACGAACAAGGCUAUCAAGCUCAUCGUUCAGAAGAUGAUUGAAGAAAACCCAAGACAAUGGCACGUAUUGUUGUCAGAAGCAGUAAGGGCGAAUAGAACUAGCCAGAAAUCGGCCACAGGGAGCUCACCUUUCCGGAUGGUGUAUUGGUAUGAUGCGAUGUUGCCAAUCGAGCUUACUGUAAUGUCUACUCGCCGUUUGUAUCAGAAUAAAUUAUCCAAGGAUGAUUAA